AUGGCAGCCACAUCCUCUAACCACGCAGAAAUAUUAGCCAUGCAUGAAGCCAGCCGUGAGAGUGAUGAUUACGCGGCUGAUGAUGAUGAGUACGAGGAGAAGUUAAAGCAGGAGGACGUGGCUUUCUUCUUCUUAGCCACAUACGGAGAUGGUGAGCCUACAGAUAAUGCAGCGAGAUUCUACAAAUGGUUCACCGAGGGGAGUGACAGAGGAGAAUGGCUUAAGCACUUGAAGUACGGUGUGUUUGGUUUAGGAAACAGACAAUACGAACAUUUUAAUAAGGUUGCCAAAGUUGUAGAUGGCAUCCUUGUUGAACAAGGUGCACAGCGUCUUGUACAUGUUGGUCUUGGAGAUGAUGAUCAGUGUAUUGAAGAUGACUUUACCGCAUGGAGAGAAGCAUUGUGGCCCGAAUUAGAUACAUUGCUGAGGGAAGAAGGUGAUACAGCUGUGACACCGUACACUGCAGCUGUGUUGGAGUACAGAGUUUCUAUUCACAGCUCUGAAGAUGCGUUGAGUGAGAAACACUUGGCUAACGGGAAUGGUCACGUCGUGUUUGAUGCUCAGCAUCCUUACAGAGCAAAUGUAGCUGUAAGAAGGGAGCUUCAUACACCAGAGUCUGACCGUUCAUGCACACAUUUGGAGUUUGACAUUGCGGGAAGUGGACUGACGUAUGAAACUGGAGAUCAUGUUGGUGUGCUUUGUGACAAUUUAAACGAAACCGUGGAGGAAGCGCUUAGGUUGCUGGACAUGUCACCUGAUACUUAUUUCUCCCUUCACUCUGAUAAAGAAGACGGCACGCCAAUCAGCAGCUCGCUUCCUCCUCCAUUCCCUCCUUGCAACUUGAGAACAGCGCUUACACGAUAUGCAUGUCUUUUGAGUUCUCCUAAGAAGUCAGCUUUGGUUGCUUUGGCAGCUCAUACAUCUGAUCCUACAGAAGCAGAGCGAUUAAAACACCUUGCUUCCCCUGCUGGAAAGGAUGAAUAUUCAAAGUGGAUAGUAGAGAGUCAAAGAAGUCUCCUGGAGGUGAUGGCUGAGUUUCCUUCAGCCAAGCCGCCACUAGGUGUCUUCUUUGCUGCAGUCGCUCCGAGGUUGCAGCCUAGGUUCUACUCAAUAUCAUCAUCUCCCAAGAUUGCUGAAACUAGAAUCCAUGUCACAUGUGCACUUGUCUAUGAGAAGAUGCCAACAGGGAGGAUUCACAAGGGAGUGUGUUCCACUUGGAUGAAGAGUGCUGUGGCUUAUGAGAAGAGUGAAAAGUGAAAACUGUUCCUCGGCGCCAAUAUUUGUCAGGCAAUCAAACUUCAAGCUUCCUUCUGAUUCCAAGGUACCGAUCAUUAUGAUUGGUCCAGGAACUGGAUUGGCUCCAUUCAGAGGUUUCCUUCAAGAAAGGCUUGCGUUGGUGGAGUCUGGUGUUGAACUCGGACCAUCAGUUUUGUUCUUUGGAUGUAGAAACCGCAGAAUGGAUUUCAUCUACGAGGAAGAGCUUCAGCGGUUUCUUGAGAGUGGUGCACUCUCAGAGCUAAGCGUUGCCUUCUCUCGUGAAGGACCUACCAAAGAAUAUGUACAGCACAAGAUGAUGGACAAGGCUUGUGAUAUAUGGAGCAUGAUAUCUCAAGGAGGUUAUGUAUAUGUUUGUGGUGGCGCCAAAGGCAUGGCAAGAGACGUUCACAUAUCUCUCCACACAAUAGCUCAAGAACAGGGAUCAAUGGAUUCAACAAAAGCAGAGAGCUUUGAGAAGAAUUUGCAAAUGAGUGGAAGAUAUCUGAGAGAUGUAUGGUAACGAAUCACACACUCACUGUGUAUUAUAUUGCAUAUGUAUACGGCACAGAGAUGCCACAUCAAGAUGAUCAUUAAGUUUGUGAUCGAAGACGAAAUGAUUUUCUAUUUUUCUUUU